CGUUUAACUGCCUCUCCUACUUUUCAGUUGCCAUCGGUUGAACAUUUCCAACUUCCCUCUCGGACACACACCGCAAGAGCAAGAACACCAAGAGAGAAAAAAAAUCAAAACUUUUGCAAAAAAUUCAUUGGAGAUUCGCAAUCAGAAUCCAAGAACAGGAGAAGAAAAAUCAUAUUUUGGUCGAUGCCAUUGCAAAAAAGAUCAUCUCGUCUUGGGUUUGUGGAUUGAGUUUCUUGGUUGGAUUUGCCAUUUGAUUCUGUCUGGUUUGGUUUGGGAGAUCGAUCGAUCGAAUGGGAAAGCAGAGGCAGGCGGCGGCGCGGCCGGCGGGCAACGCGUGCGUGUGGGUGGUGGCGGCGGCGCUCCUCGCCGCGGCGCUCGCCGGCGGCGGGUGCCUGGUGCUCUACCUCGCGCUGCCGCCGGCCGGCGUGCCGCACUGGCUGCCCUUCGCCGGGCUCGCGCUCGUCGCGCUCCCCUGGGCGUUCUGGAUCGCCACGUGCGCGUACCGGUGCUGCUGCUCCUCCUCGUCGUCGUCGCCGGCGCCGGCGGAGGCGGUGUACGUGGAGAGGCAGCCGUCGUCGAGGCCGGCCGCGGUGGUGCCGCUGCCGAGCAGCACGAACCUCAAGAGCGCGGUGAGGUCUCCCAUGGGGAUGGGGUCUCAGUCUCACAGCGGCACGCGGCGGGUGCACUUCGGAGACUCCAGCGUGCUCGAGGAGAAGGACAGAGGCGGCGGCGGCGGCGGCGGUGUCGGCGAGGUCGCCGAGGAGGAUGAGCAAGACGAGUGCUCGUCGGUGACCUCGCACGAGAGCGAGGCGCCCCUCGCCCAAUCCAUGCACUCACUGUCGUAAUGGGUUUAUCCGUGUACAGUUCAGGUACAAACUAACCGUCAGGACAGUUAGAUAGGACAAUGUCAGGAUGAUGAUAGCGAAAUUACGAGCGAGGCCAGAAGGAAAAUUUAUGAGGCAAAUCCAAGAGUACAAGCUGAUCAGGAGUAGAACUCUGCAAGCCUGGUGUUUGUUUAGUGUAGCUGUGUAGGCAUGCUUUUCAUGGAUGAUCCAUGUACUCAUGGAACCAUGGAAGUAUGAUUCUAGAUAACCUUAAAAUGGUACUGUACCCUAGGUGUGUUACUAGGUCACUAGGAGAUUGUGCAAGAGUAGGUUCCAUGCACCAACUAUCAACAAGCAAUGCUUUUUCAGUCUGUAGGGAAAUGUAUUCCCAUUCAACACAUAUUUGUUGAUUUGCCUCCAUCCGGAAGGGAAUAUCUACCAAUGAAAAACUGAC